GGAAGUUCAACAUCCUGCUCUGCCGUGAACGAGCGAACGCUUUGCCGCCCGCCAGGUUUGAUCCAGGAACCGGGAUCCUGUACCGAUGAAGUCAUCCCACUUGUUCCUACUUCCAAAUUGCGUGUUCAGUUAGUGUCAGCGAACCCGCUGCGAGCAUUUUGUGUCUUAUCGGAGCGUCGCUCGCUAGCAUGUAUCAAAGUCUGAGCGCCGUGCACAGCACUGUGGCCAGUCUGACGGAGUGUCAGGCCGACCUCGCCACGGGAAUGGACAUCGUCACCUCCGUGGCUUUGGACUUGAUAGAGGACCAGGAUGGAGGACGGGGAAACUCUGGCAUCGGCGAGAUGGAGAAUCUCAUGUUGGAAUGUGCCAAGCUGGACCGAGAAAUCGACUGCUUUGUUGACACUGUGCAACGAGUCACAGCGGAGGUGACUGCACAACAACAAGAUGCCUUGUCUAGCAUCUCGUCCAGAGUGAAGGAGAAGUUCACAGAAACAAUUCGUUGCCUAUCUGACGCAGACCUGCAGACUCACCAGAAAAUAAUUGCAUUCAAGGAAAGCAUCCAGAGCUCGAGCUCUCACACCCAAGUCAGCCAAGAGUCAAGGAACACGGAGGAGCUCGAUGAGGACCUGGCUAUAACGCAGACCCAAGUCAACUUCACCUGCCCUCUCACCCAGGAAGACAUGAUCAACCCUGUGAAGAAUAAGAAGUGUAACCAUCACUACGAGGAGAAACCUAUCAAAAUCCUCAUUGGAACGAGACGUCAUCAAAAGAAAAAGUGCCGUUGUCCUGUGGUGGGUUGCGGAAACAAAGACGUCAACGAGUCAGACUUGGUUCCUGACCACACGCUGAAGAGACAGAUCACAGACCAGAAGAGAAAGAACAUCAGCAAAUAAAAUAAAAAACCUCCACACUUGAAUUGGCAACAUUGACCACAUAGCUAUGUGUGUUUGUUAUUUUCUUCUUUGACAAGUUGCUCGUAUAUUUGACAUUGUUCUGACCAGAAAUGCACCAAUGUUUGUGUUUGGGGUCAUUUGUUUUGUUCAAGUGACUUUUUAUUCCUGCAAUACCUUUUAUUUAUGUGAUUGAAUUGUAAUAAAAGUUCACACUUUUUGCAUUC